GACAAAAUAACAUGACAAGUAAUAAUAAGUAUGUUCUGUUUAAAAGUUAAAUCAUGGAAUUAUUAGGUAUUAAGUAAAAUGUUUACGAUUUGAAAACAGUGUAAUGUAUUCGUAAUUAUAUUAGUAAUUGCACAGCACUGUGACGGCAAAUUGAUAUCAAUAUUAUGAUUUUAAUUAUCGUAAAUAUAAAACACCAAUCAAGGCAAAGCGGCUCAGACAAUAUGAAAUAAGAUGUAAAUGUAAAAUGCAAAUUGUAGUAAUUCUAGUAGAUAACUCGCCACCAUGGGUUCAAAACACAAGAUCUGGACAAUAACAGAGCUGACUGAAUUUGCUCAGAAGUUUCAGAAAGUAUAUGCUUUGUGUAACAUUUCCUGGUUUCACAGAGGCAGGGCUCCACUAGAAUACAGGCACAAUGUGGCGCUGAAAGAGCUGGCUUGCUUGCUGGGCGAGUCCACUGACGCGCGUUACAUGGAGCAGCGCGUCUACGACUUCAUCGGCAAUAUGCUGCACCUGAUGCGCGGCGUGGCCCGCGAGCAGACGUCUUGGGAGUCGUUGCCGCCCGUCUUGAAACGCCUCGGCACUCGCCUCAAUCUCAUCGACGUGGCGUCGGUGAUGGAGACGGGCGAGAGUCGGGUCGACGGCGCCGUCAACCCCGCCAAAAUGAAGAGCUUCGCGUCGAGGCUCGUGAAGGCGGUCCAGAAAGCCGUCGCCGAGCGAGCGAAAUCGCAUACUUAUCGGCUGGCGCCGCGCGAAUGGGACACUGCCCGCUUCCUGAAGAGCAUCGACGCCGUCGAGGACUUCGCCCGCGAGACGUCCGCCGACGUGGGCGCCCUGCUGCAGAUCUGGCUACGCAUGUACGAGGAGACGCGUCGCGAGCUGUGCCGAGGGGGCCGCGAGCCUUCGCUGUCGUUGCCGGAGUGGCGGCUGGCCGACCUGCUGCUGCUGCACGAGCCCUCGCUCCCGCUCCUCUAUCGCGACGGCGAGCAGGUUUGUCCGCAGCGAUCGCUGCGCUUCCUCGUGCGACUCGUGGAAGCCGGCACGACGAGGCUGCCGCGUCGCGAAGGCGACGACCCGGUCUUCGGCGCUUCUCUUCCGCCACCGAAUCGCCCGGAAGAGGCCCUCGAGUACGGUGACUGGGUUCGCUCCGUGUGGACGGCCGUCCACAUCGCCUACUGCAAAAAAGAGCGCCCGGUGUCGAGCGUGCUGCUGCAGCGGCGUUGGCACCAAAUGCGGCUGCUGGGUGGCGGACAAGAGGACCGCGCGGGGCCUUCGCCGCCGGUGCAGCUGCCGCGGCGGUUUGCCGGCGCGGAGUGUACGGCUCCCCCCUCUUGGCCGAGCCUAGUGGAGCGAGGGCUAGUCGUCGACCUCACGGCGUUGGGAUGCCAGAACCCCGACUUGCUGUGUCUGCUCGACGAUAUCGAACACGCCUCCGAGUCUGAAACGUCGGAGACCCCUUCGGAGGCGAUCCCGCAGAGAGACAUCGUGCGACAGCUCCAGGCGAUGGACCCCAGCCGCGCCGAGGUGUCGAUCCUCUUCGACCCUCACUCCGACUCCGAGACCGACGACCGCCCCGCCCCUCCUGCGGCCCCCGCCGACAAGGACGACUCGCUGAGCUUCAUCAUCAGGCAAGCCCUCAACUGUCGAUCCGUCGUGCGACUGCAGGCGCCACGUCUGCGGGAGCUUACCGACGACAUUCUAGAGAAGAACUCCGUGCUUGCCGACGAGCAGACCGACUCGGACGAGGAAACCCCUCUGGUCAUCGACGAGACCAAACCCGAAAUAGAGAGCGAGGCGAGGAAGCGGACCCUGGUCGACGACUCGGAGACCGCCGCCGAGGCUCCGGCCCGCCACAUCGAGGUGAAAGAGGAACCCGACCUGACCAAGAGAGUGAAACGAGAGAAGAACGAGGAGGAGUCGCCCGGACUGAGUGAUAAAUUGGCGAUGGAGGUGCGCGUGGUGCUCGAGAGGGUGGUCGAGGUCGAGGCCGACCGGACGCUCCGGGGCCUCUCGCCGGCCGAGCUGUCGCGGCGCCACGGGGUCGAGGGGCAGGGGGCCGCCUGGUGGGCUCGUAAUCUUCCUCUGACAGAGAAGUGCCGCCCUCUGCGGGUGACGCUGACCCGUCUCCGUCGCCGACCGGCGCCCCGCGUCGCGCUGCCCGACAUCGACGAGAUCCGGGAGAUCAACAGGAGCAUGCUCACCGCCGAGGUGGCUCCGACCGUCGUCCGUUCCCCGGACGCCGCCUGCACCGAGACCCUGGACGUCGACGACGAGCGGCCGGAGAGCAGACCGUUCCAGUACCUCUACGGGGACAUGCUCAGGAUGAUGGCUCGCAACGCUGAGAAAUAUUUGCCGACGACGCGAACCACUCCGGAAACGAAGGCGACGCGCGGACCCCGCCCGGAGGCCGUCGCCGACACGUCGCAGCUCAGCGAGUUCGAGAAGUGGGAGAGGGAGAAACGCGUCGGCCUGCAGUACUUCAGCCUGCCUCAUCUGCUCGACCCCGAGCCCCGUCGGAGGGCCGAACUUCGGCGGCGGUCGGCCCCCGACCCGACGCCGCCCCGCCUCGUCUCGGAAUCCGACUCCGAUUCCCCAGAGGAGACGUCGAGUCCUCGGCCCGACGAGAGACCGGCCGGAAUAUUGGACGACGAGCUGAGGGACCUCAGGCGAACGGAGAAGGGCGUCCGGCCGAGGGGCUCCUUCGCUCCCGGGCCCGCCGCCCUCGGCCCCGCCGCCCUCGGCCCCGCCGCCCUCGGCCCCGCCGGGCCCGAAGGAGGACUCGACGGCCGCAAACCGGUGCAACCGAACGCGAGUUUUUUAGAUCCCGUGAUCACGUGCGGAAGUCACUCGAUAAGGCUCGUAGAAGACACUCGGCACGCGGAAGCCGAGAGGAAGAGGCGGAUGAAACAGUCGGAACGGGAGAAGCGCGUCAAGGUCAAGUUCACCAGCAUCCUGAACGAAAUGGCCGAGGAGAAGAGGCGGAAGGGGCGAGACGGAGGCGCCGAGACCCCGUCCUUCGCAGUUUCUCGUACGGCAGAGGGAUUCGCGGGUGCGUCGUGCCACUUCAAACUGCCGGCGGAGCGCACCAUGACGGCGGCCGAGUUCGCGGCGGCCGGCGGCGGAGGGACGGCGCUGAUGCGGGCCGAUCUCGAGAGGCCCCUCUGGCUGGUGUCUCGCGAGUUCGUGGUGCUGACGAGGACGCCGCUCACCUUCGCCCGGCCCUCGUACUGGGGCGCGCCGCCGGCGCAAUCGCGCGUGACGCUCACGCGCGUGCUGUUCCCGGGUGAGGACGACCGCCGGGACUCCGCCGUCGUGGACCUCACGGACGACACGGAGCCGGCCGACGGGGAGCUCCCGUACAAGACUCUCGUCGACGACCCGCCUCUGCGCGUCCUCGUGUACAACAUGGUGCAGGACAUCGUCACCUUCCGGCGGCUCAACUCGAGUCGGAGGUCGCUAUUCCUGUUCUCGCUGCGGACCGGCGCCCUCGGCCACCUCCUGAUGAGCGAGAGCGUCGCGCCCGCUCCCGAGAUGACGGUCGACCCCGCCCUUCCGGUCGUGUCCGCCGUGUACAGCGUGGCGCUCCCGAGUCCGGCCGCCGCGGGCCCGUCCUCCGCCCUGCGCGAGGUGUCCGUGAGGGUGCCGACUCACGAGCUAGGCCCCGGCUCGAGCACGGGCGCGCCGCCCGUCGUGCUUCGGCGCGCGGCUCCGAGGCCGACGCCAGCGAUGGUCUCCGCGCCGCCGGCCCGGGACGAGCUCUCGGCCGACGUAGCGCCGCGGCCGCCUCGGGCGCCCCACGGUGCCGGGCCCUCGGUACCACCUUGGAAGACGCAGAGUGCGCCCGAAGUGCCUUCGCCCCCAACCGACGUGUGAGGACGAACGCAUUAUUUGCGAGCGAAGAGCAGAUUGCGCACGUUUAACGAGACUACUUUCGAAUAAGUCGUGACGAAAUACAUGAACUCCUUCCGUGAGACAUUGAAGUCCUUUCCUUGUGCGACCUUCCGUUUGCUCUGACUUCAUUUCCGCAUACUUUUCAAAAUUUCGCCGUUUAUAACAUAAUAAAAAUAUCCUUCUGCAGUGUCAGUGGGGAUGAAUUACUACAAUUCAUGUUUUCACAUCCGUGGUUAUUUAUUUUUUUCUUUCGAGUGUCUCCGAAAAAAUAUCAAAGUUCGCUUUUAAUUUAUCAGGGUUACUUAAUAGCGACGGCGAGAACGUGAUAUGACGAAUUUAUUAAAAAUCGAUAUAUAUAAGAAGUAAGACGACAAUCAUCUUCUAUUGCAGAUUUCCAUGUACCGACACACUUGCACAAACGAUGUAUAUAACAAUUAAUUACUUGUGUAGAUUUGUGUAACAAAAACAAUAAAAGAAUUUUUCGUACGA